AUGCUGAAGCAAAACCUCCACAACCAAAUUUGCUCUCAGCUGCCAAAGCCGUUCGUCCAUGGAAGCAACGACCGCCAUGCUUAUAGUAACCAUUCCCUUCUUUCCAUGGCCAAGGCCAGGCCCAAAGCUUCUCACUACGCUAGAGCCCGACGUCGUUGUUGUAGGGCUGUCAGUGAUGUGGAUGCCGGAGCUAUAGCCGAUUAUCUCAAACACGAGAAGUGCUACACGAAAGUGAGAGCCGUGGUGACUGUGGAGGAAAGCAUUGUCGAGAUGCUGACGAGCAAUGGGAUUCUGCGAGGGCUCGAUUAUGUUCUGGGGAAAGGCCUUCUCUUGGAGCUUGUCAGCGCGGAAUUGGAUCCUAGUAAGUUUGUUCUCUUCCUCGGCGAACAAAGGGCUUGGUUUAAUGAUAAUAUUUUUAGUUUGAGGUUUCAGAUACGGAUCUUGUAA